AUGGCUCCUGAGCUGAGAAAACGCAAGGCGCCGGUUCCUGCUCCAGUGGCAGAGCCAAAGGCGAAGAGAGGAGCCAAAGCCGGCGCCAAAGCUGAGCCCAAGAAGGCCGCGCCCAAGGGAGAGAAGAAGGCCGCCGCCGCUGCUGCUGCUCCUGCUGCUGAGCCUGAGAAGGUCGACAAGAAGGAGGAGAAGAAAGAAGAGAAGAAAGAGGAGAAGAAGGAAGAGGAAAAAGAAGAGAAGAAGGAGGAAAAGAAAGAAGCAAAGGGCGAAGAAGCUGAGGAUAAGCCUGCCAGCCGCGUUCCUGAAGAAGGCGACGUCCUCGACCUCAGCCUGUUCGAGGACGAGAUCGAGCUCAACGACGGCACAAAGACAUCGUUCAAGAAGCUGCUGGAAGAGAGCAAAGAGGGCGUCGCCGUGUUUACCUAUCCCAAGGCCUCGACUCCUGGCUGCACCAGACAGGCAUGCGCCUUUAGAGACGACUACACCAACCUGACCUCGACUGGACUCUCGAUCUUUGGACUCUCUGGCGACUCUCCUAAGGCUAACACGACUUUCCAGACCAAGCAGAAGCUGCCCUACCCGCUUCUGUGUGAUCCAUCCUUCAAGCUCAUCGGCGCCUUUGGCCUGAAGAAGACGCCCAAGGGCACCGUCCGUGGCGUCUUUGCCGUCAACAAGGAAGGAAAAGUGCUUCUGCGCACCCCAGGAGGACCAGAGAAGACGCUCAGCCUGGUCCAGGACCUGGUCAAGGGGAAGUAA